AUGGCUCCUUCGAGGUUCGAUCACGGCACAAUGAACACAAAUUAUAGCAGCAUUCAUUCCCAUGAGGCCUUCAUUGGGGAUUACCAGGUCAUGUACACUCCUGGUUCGACAUCUCCACAGUUCGAUCGUGUCAAGAAGUCCACUCGCUUCAGCAGAGUUGCUUCGUCCAAGUCGCAGAAUCCCAGCCAGUCCUUCAUGCUGCCCACCAAUAUUCCCAAUACUUCUCAGAUCAUGCCAGACCACGGUUCCCUGCCAAAUGUCCAGAUCCACUACAGCAUCCCCGCCGAUGAGAAACAGAUCGUCGCGUCUUUACGCACUCUCCAACGCGAUCUCAAUGAGGCCAUGCAAACCAUCAAUUCCCUAACCCGCGAACGUGAUGAAGCCCUACUUGAGCUUAGACUGCUCCGUGCUACGACCAAGAAACAAAACACUUCGGCAAAGAAGAGCAAAGCAAAGUCUCGCGUGGAGGAAGAACUGUUUGAUAUCAGCAGAUCCAUGUCGUCUCCCCCCAGAUCCCCUGUUCGAAGGAGUUCCAUGAGAGACACGUCUGCGGACACUAAAGAUGCCCCAAAGACUACAAACUCUGACGACGCCCGAGUGCUCUCUCCUGUCGUCAACGGAGCGAUGUCCCCGGUCUCAGAAAAGCGACCGACAAGCAAGUCGGAUAUCACUGCCAAAAGCAAAGCCCAAUCCUACCAGCCACCCACUGUACAUGACACCGAAAACAGCGUCAUUGAAGACCCAACCGCUGCAUCAAAUACCUCACGCCGACGGCGCCGGCCGUCCCUUGACGAAAACAUGACUUCAGCAUACAUCUUGCCCGAUAUCACAAUGAGCCAGCCCGUAAGAUCAGCAAGAGUUCAAGUGUCAAAGGAAGCUCAAAAUGUUCUGCAUCGUCAUGGCGACCCCGAGCAUAUUGGUAACUGUACUGUCUGUCAACGUCUCACAGGAAGAAAAUCGAAACAAGUUACCCACGCUACACGCUCCACCUCUGCCCCCGCUGCUGAAAAGACUGAUUUCACGGCUCAAAUUACACAGCUCAUGAAAGACGCAAUGUUAGAGGAACCCACUCUACGUCCCAAGAUCAACCCCUGGCAUGCCCUUGCUAAUGUCAAGAAACUUCUGAUGGACCAAUUCGAAGAGGCAAAGAGCAAGCACGCCCAGGCUUGGGAGAAAUAUGAUGCCAUUGAGGCGCCGUUGAACAGCAAGAAACAUGCCGCUGCCAGUCAAGAUCUGUUCUACUGGUCCAAGAAGAUGGAAGAGUGCCGCAUCAAUCUGGAUCAGCUAAGAGAUGUAGAAGAGGGAAUGAAGGAGCAAGAAAAUGGGGUAUGA